AUGGAGAUCGAGAGAGUCCAAGACGUUUCAUCGUCGUCACUUCUAGCCGAAUCAAUUCCGUCGGAAUUCAUCAGAACGGAGAAAGAACAACCGGCGAUCACAACUUUCCGAGGUCCAACACCGGCGAUCCCCGUCGUCGAUCUAAGCGAUCCCGACGAAGAAAACGUAAUUCGUGCGGUGGUGAAAGCGAGCAAAGAAUGGGGGAUUUUUCAGGUGAUUAACCACGGGAUUCCGACGGAGCUUAUACAGAGGUUGCAAGAAGUCGGGAGGAAGUUUUUCGAGCUUCCGUCGUCGGAGAAAGAGACGGUGGCUAAACCGGAAGAUUCGAAAGACAUCGAAGGUUAUGGAACGAAGCUACAGAAAGAGGUAGAAGGUAAGAAAGCUUGGGUCGAUCAUCUCUUUCACCGGAUCUGGCCACCGUCGUGCGUUAAUUACAGAUUCUGGCCUAAGAAUCCACCGGAAUACAGGGAGGUGAAUGAAGAGUACGCAUUGCAUGUGAAGAAGCUAUCAGAGACAUUAUUAGGGCUUCUGUCGGAAGGAUUAGGGUUACGUCGUGAUGCGUUAAAAGAAGGUCUCGGCGGAGAGUUGGCGGAGUAUAUGAUGAAAAUUAACUAUUAUCCGCCGUGUCCUCGGCCGGAUUUAGCAUUAGGAGUACCGGCACACACGGAUCUCAGUGGAAUCACUCUUCUAGUCCCUAACGAAGUUCCUGGACUUCAAGUCUUUAAAGACGAUCACUGGUUCGACGCCGAGUAUAUUCCUUCCGCCGUCAUCGUCCACAUCGGCGAUCAGAUUCUGAGGCUGAGUAAUGGGAGGUAUAAAAAUGUGUUGCAUAGAACGACGGUGGAUAAGGAUAAGACGAGGAUGUCGUGGCCGGUUUUCUUAGAGCCUCACCGUGAAAUGAUCGUCGGACCUUUACCGGAGCUUACCGGAGAUGAUAAUCCGCCAAAGUUUAAACCUUUUGCUUUCAAGGAUUACAGUUACCGUAAGCUCAAUAAGCUUCCUCUGGAAUGA